GGCGCCCCCUGCUCGCCCCCAGCCCGUGUCGGGAGCGGGUCUCCGCAUCCCGCACCGUCCCGCGUGGGUCCCGGCUUCUCACCUGGAUCCAUCUCCCCGUGGGUCCCACGCCUUGGCGCAGGACCAGCUCCCGGGGGAUCCCCCGCCCUGCUCUCCCUGGGCGAUCCCCUUCCCCUGAGGACCGGGGUCCUGCGCCUGGCCUGGGUCCUCGCUCGUGAUCUGCAGACUCAGAUGCAUUCCCAGACCCCGACCUCGCCCUCCUUCCAGGGGAUCCCGUUGCCUACCCGGCUUCACCCUCCAGACCCCUCUCCAGGCAGGGCUCCAGCCAGGGCUCCUGCUCCCUCUGAACUCCAGCCGCAGGCGCCGGCUCCCGGUCCUCCGACCCUGACUUUGGCCUCUACUCCUCUUCUCCUAGGGUGGGGGUUCCCGGGGCUAGCGGAAGGUCGGCAGCUGCUGCGCCCUGCAGCUGGAUUUGCGGUAAAGCGGGGGUGCUGGGCGUUUUAGAUGCUUUGUUAGUGAACGGGAAACUGAGGCACGCUCCUUUUGGCUUCGCAUUGCCUGGUUCUGUCUGGGCCUUGCUGAUUCUCCAGCUUACGGUCGCUGGGCGGUGCUAUGUUUUGGGCACUGCGAAGGGGCAAAUUAGCAUUCGGCUGGUGAGACCUGCUGGUAAGGCGCCUGUGUGUUAGGAAACGAGGAGGAGGAACCCAGGAGGCGCCACCGGAAGGCUGGCCGGCUGCUCAUUCACUGGAGAGCUAGUGGGGACACGAGCCUGGGGCGGCACGGUGGCCUUUCUCCCGGUCUCCGAGGCGCUCUGCCGUCUAGUAAUGGAUGGAAGCUGGCCCAUGCCAGCUCUGGGCUUCUCUUCUAAUUCUUUUUUGUUUAAGUGGGUGAAAGUUCACUUCUCCUGUGCUUGUGGUAACCCUCCAUCCUUUUGUCUGAAUCGAGCAGCUAUCCCCAUUCCCAGACCUUCACCAGCAGUGAUGGGUGCUUUGGAGGAAGAAAAGAAACGCACGAAGUCUUUCAAGAAAGCCACUGUAGUUGAGUUUUAAGCACUGCCUUUUGUUUCAAAAUUUUAAACUGCACGUAUUUUCUUUCCAACUCCCCGUUUUUUUCUUAGCUGUCGCUUCACCCAGUAUACUUACAGUAUUUCAUCCUCUCCCAGUUCCAAAGGGUGAUGGAGCCAAAAAAUGUAUAAGAAGAGCUGUGUGAACUGUGCCAUCAGCAGGGAGAUCUGUUUGAAGACUGGAACAGACGUCUCAAUAUUACUCAACACUCAGGGUGUUGAAUGCCGGGCGCUACUGCCCCAGUGAGAACUUCUUAUCAGUACUUUGAAGGGCAGAAAAAACUCAUAGCGUUCUGGCUUUGGAGGUGAUGUCAGGAAUGAAGACUGGAAGGGCUUGAAGGGAGAAAGUGACAUGUCUUCAGUCACAUCCUGCCAUCUUGUGCCUGUUAUCUGUUUGAUUUGGUUUUACUUCUCUGUACAUCUGUGCUCUUCCUGUUUUCAGAGAAAAGUGGCAAUAUUCUGUGAAAUUACCUCUUCCUUAUUUGAUUAAGGGAAACUCUAAUAGCGUAGUGGUUAAGAGCUAUGGCUGCUAACCAAGAAGUCGGCAGUUCGAAUCCACCAGGCGCUCCUUGGAAACCCUAUGGGGCAGUUCUGCUCUGUCCUUUAGGGUCACUAUAGUCGGAAUUGACUUGACGACAGCGGGUAGAUUUAUUUGAUUAAGAGCUUGUGUUGCUUUCCCAUGCUGCAGGAUUCUUCUUUAAAAAGAAAAAAAAAAAAAGACUUAUUAUUUGUUGCAUAAAUAUUAAAAUAGUGUCUAAAUAAAUGGGAAAAAACAAAAACCAAGAUUCGUUUAGGGUCCCACCCUUUCAGCAGAUUGAACUAUCUUCCUUUUGCUGGACACUCAUCUGUCUAGCCCUUCUUAGCACAGUAGUGUAAUCUUGCACCUUGCUUUUUCCAUCAAAAAAUUAAAAAUAGAGCCAUUUUCUUAUGGUGUGGCACAGACUUUUGUUUGCACAAUGUUUGAUUCAAUACAUGCUUAGCAGUUCCUUUCUUGAUGACAUCUAGACCUACCUUGAUUUUCUUUGAAGACUGAGUCAUCCCCACAAUUUUCUGUUCCUUUAUGAUAGGCUAGGUUGGAAGGAUAUUUUCCAAGGGUCAAUUUGAACUUGGAAGUAAAGCCUGCAAACGAAAAGUAAUAAAGCAAAGUCCUGAUUUUUGUGGUCCACACAUUAAAAUGUUGACAGUACUUUCGUGUACCUCUUAAAGCCAUAUUUAUUACAUAUCUUUCACAGCAUUCAGGAUUGUUACAGGUAGGCAAGUUGCAAAGGAAGUGGAGGCAGGGGCACGUCGUCUUUGGAUGGAUGUGCUCCUUCCCCUGGUAGAUUUAUCAGGACUCAGAUAGAGGAGCAUUUGAUUGCAGUAAAAACAUUUCAUUGGGCUGUAGUUUAUAGUUGUAACUAAACUACAGGAAAACCCUGAACACCUUGCUAGUUUUUUCAGAAUGGAGACUUGGUGGUCUUGUGGCUUUGGAUCAACUUCCAGAGCUCUGCCAUUCCUGCCGAGGAGGGCUGUAAGGAAACUUAACCUGCUGCCUGCUGUCUUAAGUGGAGCUCUUCAUACAUGCACAGCUUCUCAAAAAGGCUAACCAAAAACCAAACCCAGUGCCGUCGAGUCGAUUCCAACUCAUAGCGACCCUAUAGGACAGAGUAGAACUGCCCCAUAGAGUUUCCAAGGAGUGCCUGGUGGAUUCGAACUGCCGAACCUUUGGUUAGCAGCCGUAGCACUUAACCACUACACCACCAGGGCUUCCAAAGUAGAUCAGAUCCAAGAAAUUCCACUGGAACGCAGAGAGCUUCUUUUAUCUUUCUUGCUCUUUUCCUUCUAGUCUUGGGUAUACACACACGCACACACACACAGAGAGUCAUUCUUCUCUCCACAUUACCUCUGGCUGAUGAUAAGUGCUCACAUUUAUUGAGUUCCUGUGUGUGGCAGGCACUGUCUGGGUGCUUGUCUAUUAAUCCUCAACUGUAACUCUGGAAGACAGUUUAUACCCAUUUAAUAGAAGAGCAAACAGGGAUAGAAAAUAAAAGAGAACUUGCCCAUGGUCACAUGGCCAUGAAGGGGCAGAUCCAAGGGUUGAUGUUCAUGUCUUUCUACCACCCGUGCUGCCAGCUCACCUUUUCCUCGUUGUCUCCCUGUCCACACCACAUCUCUUUGUACAUCAGAGAAGUUCAGGACCCACAGAGCUUAUACUUCUUAUUGAUGCACAUUCAUUUUUCCAGCCUUGCAACCAAAAAUCCAAGGAAAAAGAUGUUCCUUUCCUCAGCCCUGGCAUUGUGAUCUACUUUAAAAGUUAAUGACAGGCAGUCCCCGUGUUACGAACGAGAUCUGUUCCUAACUGUGUCUUUAAGAAUUUGUAGAUAAGUUGGAACAGGUGCGUAGGGUUCUUAUUUAGCCUUGCUUUAGUGGAUCCUGGAAAACCUGGUGGCGCAGUGGUUAAAAGCUACGGCUGCUAAGCACAAGGUCAGCAGUUCAAAUCCAUCAGGCACCCCUUGGAAGCCCUAUGGGGCAGUUCCACUCUGUCCUGUAGGGUCACUAUGAGUUGAAAUCAACUCCAAGGCAAUGGGUUUGGCUUUGGUUUAGUGGAUCCUUGGUGGCACAGUGGUUAAGAGCUUGGCUACUAACCAAAAGGCCGGCAGUUCGAAUCCACUAGCCACUCUUUGGAAACCCUAUGGGACAGUUCUGCUCUGUCCUAUAGGGUGGCUAUUCCGACUCGAGGGUAAAGGGUUUAGUGCAAGAAAAGGCCUGAAGGCUGUUCGUUGAUUUAAAAGCUGCAAAUGAAGGUGAUCAUGAUGAAGAAUUUGUUGUGAGUAGGAGGCACAGUGGUUAAGAGCUUGGCUGCUAAUCAAAAGGUAGGCAGUUCUAGUCCACCAGCCACUCCUCGGAAACCCUACCAGGGCAGUUCUACUUUGGUUUUUGGUUUUCAGUUGUUUCAAAGUGAGGGCUAAUGUACAUACCAAUAAAGGGCAGAUAUAGGAAUUAUCCUUAAGGUGGACAUUAGUAACCUGGGGACUGCCUGUAUGCCAGAAAGCAUCUUAUUCUAAAGCAGUAGGAAGUCUUUGAGGGCCUGCCUAUUGUCCCUUUUGCAUGUUCUCAGGGCACUGAAUCACUGGCACGGAAUAGUCAUCUUAAAUACACAUUCUCCUUUAUUUAAUAAUUAAAUCAAGAGCCUCUCACCACUAUCACCACCUCUGUCAAUGGAUGCUUUCCUUGGUGUCAUUCCAGGAGUGACCCUUCAUCAUAAACCUGUUGCCAUCGAGUCGAUUCUGACCCAUAAAGACCCUGUAGGACAGAGUAGAACUGCCCCACAGGGUUUCCAAGGCUGUAAUCUGCCACGUCUGUCUCCUGUGGAGUGGUUGGUGGGUUUGAAUCGUAGACCUUUUGGUUAGCAGCCAAGUGCUUAACCACUGCACCACCAGGGCUCCUUCCUCCAUCCUAAGAGGGAGCUAAUGGGUUAACAGUAAGGUGGUAUGGGCGGGGAUCAGCUUAUGUUGCACCCUGAAGUGGUAGUGAAGGAGCUCUUGGGAUGUCCAAUGUCUUGGCCUUUGAGAGUUUCCUUUUCACAAGUCAGGGUUCUUCUGGCUCUCAGACUGCCUAUUUCUCUUUGUUACGCAUAGAUAGGGAAACUAAUUGACUUUAUGGGAUAUCUCUGUCUUAGUCAUCUAGUGCUGCUGUAACAGAAAUACCAUAAGUGGAUGCCUUUAACAAAGGGAAGUUUAUUUUCUCACAGUCCGGUAGGCUAGAAGUCUGAAUUCAGGGUGUCAGCUCCAGGGGAAGGGUUUCUCUCUCUGUUGGCUCUGGAGGAAGGUCCCUGUGAUGCAUCAGUCUUCCUUGACCUGGGAGCAUCUCAGUGCAGGAACCUCAGGUCCAAAGGAUGUGCUGUGCUCCUGGCACUGGUUUCUUGGUGGUAUGAGGUAGCCAUGUCUCUCCGCUCGCUUCUCUCUUUUAUAUCUCAAAAAAGAUUGGCUUAAGACGCUACCUAAUCUUGUAGACCUCAUCAGUAUAAUUGUCGCUAAUCCAUCUUACUACAUCAUAGCGAUAGGAUUUACAACAUAUAGGGAAAUAACUUCAGAAGAUAAAAUGGUGGACAGUCAUACAGUCAUACAAGGGAAUCAUGACAUAGCCAAGUUGACAGAUAUUUUUAGGGGACACAAUUCAAUCCAUGAGCCUCCUCUCUAUUAAGAUAAAAUAGUUUUGCAGUGUUGGAAUGUCUAUCUUUCUAGUCACCCAUUCAACAGUUAUUUAUUAAGCAUCACCAAUUAACGAGGCAUUGUGUUUGGGUUGUAAAUAAAGAGGUAAAUAAGUCAGUCUUGAUGGAAUUCUCAUUACAGUGGGAGAAGAUGAAUGAAAAAUAAGUUCAAAAAAUAACCAAUUGUGAUAAAGGGCUGUGGUAGGGUGGAGAGCUGGAGUGCUACUUUCGGUGGGGUGAUCAGGAGAACUUUUCUGAGGAGGUGACAUUUGAGCUUGAAGGAUGAGACGAGCAGAGCGUUCUAGUAUGGAAAGUGAAAGGAAAGCGGGGGCCAAACUACACAGAAGAGCUCAUGGGCCACCGAGGAGCCUUUAUCCUAAGUGCUUUGGGAAGCCAAAGGCAGACUUUUAAUCUGGGGUUGGGGUGUGUGGUGUGAUCUGGUUUUAACUGACAACUGUGGCUCCUGGCAAACAUAGGGACGCAUUAAGAGACUUCGUAUUUUCACAGCCCAGAGAUGCCGGUGUCUUUACGUCUGUAGUGUAUGUAGGGCUGUACAGAGGGGGACGGAUUGGAAGUGUAUUUUGAGGGCAGCACUGCAUUUGGAAAGUGAGGAAAACAUAGGAGUCAAGGACAGCUUCUGGCGUUUGGUCUUAGACCUCAGACAUGGUGGGUUGCAGGUGCACUUGUAGAGGGCACAGUGCUCUGAGCCAAAUUUGAAGUGUUUCCUGAAAAAAAUCAGCCACUGAGAAACCUAUGCAGCACAGCGCUACUCUGACACGUGGGGUCGCUGUGGGUCAGAGUGGACUUGACGGCCCCUGGUUUUUUAAGGAGGUAAGGAGUGUCCCUGGGUCCGGAUAUGUCCUUCCCGUCCAUAGUUUUGCUUAGGGGGUUGAGAGAGGCGUGGCACAUAGGACCCUGGGCAAGGGGAAGUCAAGAGAGGGCUCACAGAAGAAGUGAAGGCGUGAGUGAACAAGCCUUGCUUCACUAAUGGCCUUACUAAGUGCAGCCUGUGCACCCAGGACUGAAUCGCCUUCUCCCUCCCCCGAAGCUUGCUUGAAUACUCCAUUAGAGCACUGGAUCAUGUUCCCAGUUGCCUUCGAGUCUACUCUGACUCAGGGGACCCCGUAUGUGGCAGAACAGAACGGUGCUUCACAGGCUUUUCAAUGGCUGAGUUUUCGGAAGCAGAUGAUGAAGCCUUUCUCCUGAGGCACCUGAGUGGACUCUAACCUUCACGCUUCCAGACCGUGGCCUUAGCUGUUGGCAUCGCCCAGGGACUCUAUCACUGGGGUUACUCUGCAUUAAACGUGAGUGCCAAAAACCAAACCCGUUGCCAUCAAGUCGAUUCUGACUCAUAGCCACCCUGUAGGACAGAGUAGAACUGCCCCUUGGAUUUCCAAGGAGUGGAUGGUGGGUGAGGUCUGCUGACCUUUUGGAUAGCAUCCUACCUAACUCUUAACCACUAGGCCUCCGGGGCUUUGUCUUCCAUAAAUGGGUGCCGUUUUCCAUACACUAGGCAGCCCUUCUCUUUUGUUUUUUUGAGGAAGAGAAUAGGCUCAGUGUGUGGGAGUUCAUUUGCAUUUUACAUCUGCUUUUCCAUUUCAGUCUUAGGAGUGAUUUCUUCAGGAGGCUUGAUUGCACCCUGGCAGGCUGAGAGGAAUGGAAAAACGGCAUUGUAAAUGUUCCUGCAGGGCAAUGGGGCUGUCUGUCCCACUGAGCCCCUGAGAAUUGCUCUGAGGACAGUUGCUGCUAGCAUAGCUGCUCCUACCUUUCCUUUUUGCCCGAACCUUGCCCUGUCCAUCAUGAGAGACUGUCUUAAAGUGGAAUAUUUUUCUCUACAACGGCUGCUUUUAUUUUUAACCUGAACUAUUCCAGGUUCAUGAACCACCGGGCUCCAGCCAAUGGCCGCUACAAACCAACUUGCUAUGAACAUGCUGCUAACUGUUACACGCAUGCAUUCCUCAUCGUUCCAGCCAUUGUGGGCAGUGCCCUCCUCCAUCGGCUGUCAGAUGACUGCUGGGAAAAGAUAACAGCAUGGAUUUACGGAAUGGGCCUUUGUGCCCUCUUCAUCGUAUCCACAGUAUUUCACAUUGUAUCAUGGAAAAAGAGUCACUUAAGGACGGUGGAGCAUUGUUUUCACAUGUGUGAUAGAAUGGUUAUCUAUUUCUUCAUUGCUGCUUCUUAUGCUCCAUGGUUAAACCUCCGUGAACUUGGACCGCUGGCAUCUCAUAUGCGUUGGUUUAUCUGGCUCAUGGCAGCUGGAGGAACCAUUUAUGUAUUUCUCUACCAUGAAAAGUAUAAGGUGGUUGAGCUCUUUUUCUAUCUCACAAUGGGAUUUUCUCCAGCAUUGGUGGUGACAUCAAUGAAUAACACCGACGGACUUCAUGAGCUUGCCUGUGGGGGCUUAAUUUAUUGUUUGGGAGUUGUGUUCUUCAAGAGCGACGGCAUCAUUCCGUUUGCCCAUGCCAUCUGGCACCUGUUUGUGGCCACGGCAGCUGCAGUUCAUUACUACGCCAUUUGGAAAUAUCUUUACCGAAGUCCCACAGACUUUAUGCGACAUUUGUGAUGAAUCUGUACUAGGUCUCCAAACCAGUAUUAUUUCAAUGAUGACACUUGGGAGUGGGGUAAGAGCUGAAAUUGCUCAGGAAAGAAGAAAAAGACAACUGCACUGACUUUCUUUAUAUCUUUUGAAUGUAAUUACUGUGAAAGUCUCCAAAGCUGGGUUCUAGCUUUCCCCUCUCACAGCAAGUAAAUAAGAUAGUGAAUUAAUUAUUCAUUCCAUUCCACUAUCAUGAAGGACUCUGGAUAGACUUGGCCAACUGAUGUUUACAAACCAGAAUUUUGUAUUUUCGUUUUACAGAUUUUACUACAUGAUUUUUCUAAAUUCCUAGGUCAGGUCGUAAAAGUCAGCUUCCUUUUUACGAAAAAAAGAAAAAAAAUCGUUUCUAUCACUUUCCCAUUAGCUGUAUAAAGAAUCAUGGACAGAACUUACACUACUCUUUACCAUGUUUCAUCUUGGCAUAACAUGGUUAUUUUUUAAAUAGAAACUUUAGUUUUUUGUAAAUUUUUAAAAAGAGAUUUCACGAAAGUACAUCUCUGCGGUACUUCCUUCAUGUCGUGAGUUCUCGCAGCAAGCAGUGAACAUUCCACAAAGGAAUAAACAUGAUACCUCUUCUGACAGUUUUAAUAAGUGUGGAGAAAUUGCCAAUUUUUAAAACCUGCAGUUUUCCAAACUUUUCUGCCAACCUCUAACCUUGAACAGUGCUGCUUUGGGCCAUAUACUUGAGCUAGUGUGGUUUACCAGUGAUGGAAAAAGUGUUUUGAUAUCAUUAAGUUUUUCAAAAGAUCCAUCUUUUUCCUCUCUCUAUGCCUUUGCCAUGUUUUUUUCAGGGUCUCUUUCAGUAAGUAGUAGAUGAGUUUUCAUGUCUGUGUGGCGAUAACAUUGUGGGGUUGGUCAUCUUCCGAAAACUCCUGAGCAACGUUAUGACUUACAGUGAAUAAUUGUAUUGCCCGUUUGGUGCCCAAUGGUUAUGUUUUUGUCACUUAGCUUUACCUUAUCGGUUUCAUAUUCAUUUUAAAUUGUGGAAUUAGAUGUGUAAAUUCACACUUCUAUCUUUCCUCAGUCUUUCCCAAUGUACUUUUUUUUUUUUUAAUACAAAAGUAUUUAAAGCAUCGUUUGACAGAAACGCAUGCAUCUGUAGCCCAUGGGUUGUAUCCUGGCUCAGUGGAGUGGUAUUUAACGUGUUAUUUUUGGUUUUCUCUGUGUCUUAUAUUAAGAUUAACGUAUUAGUUGCUCUGUUGGUAAAUCUCUCCUAUUGGUGUUUUAAUAAGUGAAAAAACCUUGCCUUUAGAACAGAUGCCAGGUAUUAUCUGUUUCUCGUAAUGGGCUUGAUCAAAUGGUUAAAUCGAAUCACACACUUAGCCUUGCUGGUUCCGUGUUUGUACUGAUGUGGCUUUAAAAGAGGGUUUGUUUUGUGUGUGUGUGUGUGUUUAGAAUGCCUCUGGCUUUGAAGGAUAUGGGCAUGAGGAGCAGAAGAACUGGUAUUUGCUGGUGAAUUCGCAAAUAGGCAAGGUACCCAGUGAUUGCAUCAACCAGACCACCUGUGUGCAUGCUUCUAAACAUCUGGAUGCCUCUUGUUUUACUGUGUAUAUUUUAUUUCUAAUAUAUUUACUCUUUGUGAGUUCAUUUAAAGUUUGCUCAAAAGUAACACUGUCAAAACCACUAAAAUGUAUGUAAAAAAUUGUGCUGUAGACUAGAAUAAAAUUGUUAUUUCGACUUGU